AUGACUGUCACAUCUUAUUUUUCGCUGAUCGAGGACUCUCCUCCAGAUCCAAUUGCCCAGCUUAUGGAGCUUUCGGCUAAGGAUCCCAACCCAAACAAAAUUGACGUUUCCAUCGGGGUCUAUAAGUCUGAAGAGGGCGACCCAAACUAUGUUUUUCCAUGCGUGAGACAAGCUAAGGAAAAAUUGGCUGCGAAAGACCCAGGACAUUGUUACACUAACAUGACUGGUAUUCCAGCUUUCCGUGAACUGGCCCAGCGUACUAUUUUCGGUGAAAACCACGAUAACAUUAUUUCCCUCCAGGCCAUCUCGGGUUCUGGUUCCUUGCAUUUCGCUUUUGCUUUCCUUACCAAGUACGUUGGUCUCAAGGACUACUAUGUGGGUGUGCCUGCUUGGGGAAACUACACGGGGAUGAUCGAGCACAUUGGAGGUAAUGUUCACAACUACAAGUACUACGAUAACGAAAGCCGCUCUUUGGACUUCAAUGCUACUUUGGAGGCUUUGAAGUCUGCUCCUGCUAACUCUGUGUUUGUUCUCCAGGCAGUGUGCCACAACCCAACCGGUUGCGACUACACCAGAGAGCAGUGGCUGCAAAUUCUUGCUUUGAUUCAGCAGAGAGAUAUUUUCCCUGUGUUCGAUAUUGCUUACCAGGGUUUCGCCAGUGGAAGUGUCGAUGAGGAUGCCUGGGUCAUCAGAGAAGCCUACAAGACCGGCGUUGAGUUCAUGGUCUGCCAGAGUUUCUCCAAGAACUUGGCCUUGUACUCCGAGAGAGCUGGCUGUCUCCAUGUUGUUCUCAAUGACAAGCGUAACGUCGAGAAUGUCACUUCACAAUUGACCUCUCUCGCCAGACACGAAAUCUCCUUCGCUCCUGCUUUUGGUGCUAGAGUUGCAACUCUCGUUCAAACUGACGAGGAAUUGCAGAAGCAAUGGAAGAUUGACGUCGCUGAUGUCUACAACAGAAUCAAGAGCGUCAGACAACACAUCUACGAUAAACUUAACGAAUUGAAGACUCCUGGAAACUGGGACCAUGUUAUCACACAGAAGGGUUUGUUCUGUUUCACUGGGUUGAGCCCAUUGCAAGUGCAGAAGUUGAUCCUGGAACACUCCAUUUACCUUACCGCCAACGGUAGAAUCAAUAUUGCAGGUCUUAACCAGUCGAACUUGGAUGACUUCUGCAAGGCUGUGGACACUGUCAUUAGACAAUAUCCUGCUGAAAAGUAA